AUGGUGACAGCCCCCCCCGGCCGGUUCCGGUGUCCCCCCGAGUUCGAGGCCGUGUCCGGGGGGGUCCCCAUGGGGGGUCCCCAAACGGAGCUGUGGCUGAUCCGGGCCCCGAUGGACUUCUGUCCCCAAAGCCUCGAGGGCUGCCCGGUGCCCCUGAACGGCCUCGAGCGGCUCCGCCCCGGUGACAACGACACCAACGACGGUGACAGUGCCACCCCCGGUGCCACCUACGUGCUGCGGGGCGGCCCGGCGGCGGCGGGGUGGCACUGUCCCCUGCUGCUGUCCCCAAUGUCCCCAGGGGGGUCCCUGGGCUGCGCCCCCCCCAUGAAGGGGACCCUGAGCAUCACCCGCAGCUUCGGGACAGGCGCGGUGGCACUUGGGGACACCGCGGGGACAGCGCCACCCUCGGAGGGGACGGUGACACCCUUGGGGACAGCGCCACCCUUGGGGACAGCGACAGAGGGGCCGGGACCCCCCGAGGUGACGAAGAGGAGGAAGAAGAGGAAGAAGGAGAAGAGGGAAGGGCAGGAGUGACCCCAGGGUGGCACCUGCGGCGUCACCUUUGUCACCUGCGGCGUCACCUUUGUCACCUGCGUCACCGUUAAAUAAAUAAAUGUCCUUUAUUACAAAAA